CGAGUUCCCCGUUGUUUUGAACACGGCAAAUUAUAUCAUUCGCCACGGUGGUUUUAUGGCAGACAUGUCGAACCAUGAGUAUUCAACAAUACAUACUUUAAACUUAAUUCCAGCGAAUUUCUUAGUUAAAUGAUUGUAUAACUAGCAAAGGAGUUUAGAAGUUGAGGGUGUAGUAUUUGGCAAUGAGGACUACCCAACUAGUUUAGGUUUAGCCAUAUAAAACCGGAGAAAACGAGCUCACGAUACAGUUAUAAUGCCCUGAUAUUAGGAGCUGGUGGCGAAAAGUUUGAUUAAAGAAUUCAGAGACUGAAACAAAUAAAUCAGAUGACGUAUGUUUAAGGACAGCAGAUCGACAUACAAUCCUGAAGUCAGCUGUAACCGUCGAUAGUAAAAUAAAGUUUUAAAAGAUAUUUGAGUGACCCUGAAUACAUCCAAUGAAUGGUGACUCCUCAUCACUAUCUAUGGUCAAGGCCCGGCCAUUGAUAGUGAUGUUGAUGGUUAAUGUAGUUCAUUACGCUUUGUCCUUCAUCCAUUGUCUCGCAAAAAAACUACAGUUACUGUGUCGGUGCUUGAGUGGCACGCACGGUCGCGUGGGUCCCGAAAUAUUGUAGUUUUAAAGGGAAACCAAGGUUGUUGCGGUUCGUGGUGGGAGUAGCAGGACCUGGGACAGCUGCUGGUUGCAGGCACCGAGCGGUGCAACAGAAGCAGUGUGCCGUCCCCCUGUCCUACUCUCAUGCCCCCCCUCCAUGUAUGUCCUCUCUGCCUGUUAGUGUCCCCAUCUGGUCCCCUCAUUGUCUCGCUACCUUCUCCAGCCUAACGCCCUCCUUUCCCUCAUGCUUUGGACAAAGCCGGCAUACUGCCAGCCCAAUGACUGCCUGGAUCGUCCUGCCUGUCAGCCUCUCUGCCUUCUCCAUCACAGGGAUAUGGAUAGUCUACGCCAUGGCUGUGAUGAACCAUCACGUUUGUCCAGUGGAGAACUGGUCCUACAAUGUUACAUGUACAGAGGAGAUAGCCAGGCCAGGCUUCCCAAAGACAUGCUGCACCAUACAGGACAUCCCCCUCAUCAGUAAAUGUGGCUCCUUCCCCCCUGAGAGCUGCCUGUUCAGUCUGAUCGGGAAUGUUGGAGCCUUCAUGGUGGUGAUGGUGUGCCUUCUGCGCUAUGCCCAGGUGAUUGAGCACAGCCACCGUUGCUGGAUUAACACCAGCGCUCUGGUGUCUGGCUGUACCAACGCUCUAGGACUGGUCAUGGUGGGCAACUUCCAGGUUGACCAUGCCAAGUCUCUCCACUACGUUGGCGCGGGCGUGACGUUCCCCGCCGGUCUGCUCUUUGUGUGCCUGCAGUGUGUGCUCACCUACCGGGUGGCCGUCACUGCCCUUGACUACUGGAUGGCACACGUACGUGUGGCGCUGGCCGCAGGAGCCCUCGUCUCACUGGUCCUCAGUGGUAUUUUCUUCAUUCACGAGAGCUUUGUCCUCCAGCAUGCGGCGGCCAUCUGUGAGUGGGUCUUCACCGUGGACAUCCUGGUUUUUUAUGGCACUUUCACCUAUGAGUUUGGCACAGUCACCAAUGACACCAUGAUGGUCGGCCUGCAGCAGACCCACCACCACUCGGGGGUCAUGAUGGGCGGCGCGGCCGGGGCCAUGACGCUGGGCAUGGGAGCCAAGGGCCUCAAGUCCCCUGGAGGAAGUAGCACAUCCACCCAUCUCAACUGCACCCCUGAGAGUAUAGCCAUGUUGUAGCUUAGUGGGGAUCACAGGAGGUCACCAUGCUGCUGCAGAGAGGAAUCACCAUACAGGCAGCGGACGUUAGGGCUCAAUGAUAGUACUGGCCGCCAGGGGAAGGAGGAAAGACAAGACAUUGAAAAUCACAAGAUAUGAUUGACACACCGGGUCGGUAUUGCUGUAUUGAGUUUUCGUGUUGUAAUAAUCUGUCCGCUUCUCCACUACGGUCUAAUUUUCUUUGCUUCAUCAGCAGGAAGGAAGACUUACAGGAAGGACAAAUAUAUGGGAUGAUGAGGGAUGAUGAUGUUCUGAGUGUUUCCAAGAUGACAGCUGGCACAUGGGCCUCCCAGCACACUGACCCGAUGAUACCUUUUUUCUUUCUUAAAGAUCAGUGUUGUUUGACCGGUCACUGAGGCCUUUGCCAGUGUUCAUCCCUGUCAUGUCGGGAUGGCAGACACAAACGGUUUCUUUUAUAUGCCAACACAAUGAUGUUUUUUGUGGCACAUUUUACAGACUUCCUCUACCGGGUGAAUGAGAGAGUAGAGUACGUUGUUGGAUUGAUCAGACUUGGUUUGAGUUUUUCUUUUGUGUAUACUCUGCCAAUGUUUAAGCAUCAUAGUAAAAACUAUUGAAUGUUUGAGAAGUGGAACUAUGGAUAGUAUACUGUUAUGUGCAUGACAGGUUGUAUGCACACGUCUUUUUAUUUAUCAAAUCAAGUAUGAAUGAACUGUAAAACGAUUUGUGAACUCAGAAACAUAAUUUGACAAGACAAUUGACACAUUCUGUGCACAAUAUCUUCCCAAUAUCUCAAAUAGCUGUCUCAAGAGGGCAAGUGAUAUGAACAACUUUAUUUUUUAAAUAUUGUUUAAAAUGAUAUCUCUGUAUGUUUAGUAAUUCCCUAGAUAACAUUUUAUAGAUGUAUGACAUGCUAUACAUCUAGAUGACAUGAUCUGAGCAUCGAAUGCUCGCACAUACCUGCUGGUCUGUUCUGCCCCUCUGUUACUGGGGCAAACUCUGCGUCUCAAUCACUCUUGCUUGAUUUGUUUUAUAUUUCCCAUGUUGCCACUGCAUUUCCAUCAACUGUUAGCCACUGGUAACAUAGCUAAUUGUGUUGCUUUUAUGAGGUCACCUUUAUUGUUUUCCAUCUUUGUUGGUGAAUUAAUAGCCAUUUCAUCUGCCAAAGUAAAGUACACUACAGAGUAUGUUUUGAAAGCCUUGCUUUGGAGAGUUUUGAACACAUUGCUCUUUGUUAUAUGUCAAAAUACAUGUAAUUAAAUAUAUGGUUAUAAAUAUGUCAACCCUCUAGGCUACGAUCCAUUUUAAAAGGUGCAAAUAUGACUAAUUGAACAACAGCUGUCUUAUCUGGAGAAGACAAUACAGGGGUAUCUACUGGUUGGAUUCCAGGCUGGUUCCUUGGAAGCCUUAUUUGGAGACUGGGCAACACAAUCUCUGUAAGAAAUGUCUCGUCAAAGCCUGUCCUUAAUGUUCUGAGUCAGAUACUGUGUUGAGAACAGUGCUCGUAUUUAUAAAGCCUCAGAGUCGGAGUCCCCUUGAGUCCACCCCCUGUCCAUGUAACCUUGUUCAUUAUGAUAGAAGUGAUCUUUGAUCAGCACUCCUACUCUGAGAUGCUUUAUAAAUACAGGCCCAGUUGUGUUGACAUUAGGGAAUAAAGAGGAGGAUGCCUAUAUUGACCUUGUGCCAUUGACCUGAUAAUGACGAGUGUCUGAUGUGUGUCAACAGGUUGUGAGUAUUGUUGAGAUCCUCUCUGUCAUGCCUCUGAUGUGGAAAUACAUGAGGACAUUUGUCAUUUUAGAGUUGAGAGGCUGCAUGCAUGUACUGUGUGGGCGAUGGGGUGCAAAAUUGUUAGACUGAAAUAGAUGUGUAUGAUAUGUAGACCGUGACUUAUGAAUGACUUAUUAAAUUGUCUUUCUCAUUGCCAAACAUCUAUAACUGAAAUGGUACAGAAUAAACCUCUCAACGUUGUGACUGACAACCAACCAAAUAUACCCCAGGUGAGAGUCACCAGGAAACAAAUGUGUUUCUGUAACCAACCAGCGCCACCUUGAGGCCAAUAAUUGUCUCCACAUGGAGAAAUCAAAUGCAAGUCAGCAGUUUGUAUGCUAUGCUUUCUCCCUCUCUCUCUCUGGCACUUCUUUAGUAGGCCCCAGGGGUGGACUUUGCUACGUUGAAGGGGUUUCAAUUAAUUGAAACUGUCCCCAGCUGCCCAUGGGAACCCCACUGACUGUUAUUUAACAACUUUAUAUGGCCUAUAUAUUCAGUGAAAUAAAUAUUUUCAAUUGUGGGAUAAUAAUCAUAUAUGUCAAUUUAAGUCCGCCCCUGGUUGGCACUUUUAACAUUAGUGAUCUAUGAUAUCACUUCCACGGUAUUCUCUAUUGGGUCAUUGUGUUCCUGGUAGAGUAUAUAUUAAACUGUACAGUACAGCCACUGGAUGGUUUUUCAGCCAACAAAACUAUUUUCAACCGUGUUUUAUAGUUUUCUUCAUGUCAGCUACCUCUGUGAUUGCGAGUGGACUUGAUGGUAUUCCAGAGAAGAUGCAUAGAUUGUAUUUCCUAUUCCUAUAGCUGGAAAAGAUGAGAAUCUACACUGGAAUGUGAUGGGUUGGCUCUGUUGCUAUAAAACAGGCUACACAGAAAAGACAAGAAAAUGAAAGCACACUGGUGGUUUCUGAUGCAAAAAUUCUGUAGCUCCUGUGUAUGUUCACUAUGUUCGAUCUUUUGGCAUUUUCCCCCUUAUCCCGUACCAGCCAAAAAGUUUUUUCAAAUAUUUGAUUUCAAAUGACCUUAUUUUCUGAUGUAUUUCAGCACACUGUAAUUUAGUAUCAAGGUUAGACUUCAACAGGCAGCUUUGAUGAAAAUGUACCUACAUGGGAUUGGAACUAUUCUGUGUAAACAUUUGUGUUCUCUUACAGUGGACAUGGCCAAAACAUGACAAAAUGGAAUUUCUAUACAUGAUUGUUUUUGUUAAAAAAUAAAUAAAUAGAUUCAUGCACUCUUUCAAGACGUGAGAGAAUAACAAUUCCAGUAGCAGAAGACAGCCUGUAUGUAAAAUGAUGUCUUGAAUUCUAAAUAACAGCAAUGCACAUCAAAGAUGUAAUAGUCAUUUUAUAAUUUUUGAAAACUAUGUAAAACGGGUGGUAUGGGAGGGAAGUCGAUUACCCCCUUCUGUAAAUGUGUGAUGUAUCUAUCAUUUAGCUAUUUUUCUUUUGUCAGAGAUUUAUAUUCAAAUAUGAAAUAAAAUGGAUGAAUUAUAAGCAAA